AUAACAAAAAUAUCUCCGAGUUUUCAGCAAACCUGAAACUAAAACGUAGAAAUCAAUGGCAUUAUAGAGAAACAAACGUACAGUAUGUUCAUAAGGGUAACUCAAAACGUUCACAGAGCUUUACUAUCGCCAAAUAUCUGCAGAUGAUGGCCUCCUUUGAACUUUAUCAUGUUACGUCAAGAGCAGAUUCUCCUCACAAACCACCAGCGAUAAUUUGCAAACACCAAUGGGCGGUCCCCAGCAGGAAGUAAUUUCAUACGAGGCUCUCAUUGGUGGAUUUAGGGGUAGAACAUCCCCUAAUCGAUAAGCUGGAGAAUGAGUACGAUUGGAAACUGGGCAUUAUUGAUACUAGUCAGAAGGAGUUACUUUGUAGGAGGUUGAGUCCUGUACUGACAAUGGACUAAAUCGAAAAAAAUUUCAGAAGUACUUAUACUGAAUUAUAUCUGUAUAAAUUGAAUCCCUAGGGAUAUCCAGGUUUCACAAUCAACGAAAGCUUGAAGCAGAACGUUCAUCAAAAAAAAAUUUGUACUAUUAUAAAAUUUUGUGAUUUUGUGGUAUCAAUUAAGAAGAAGUGUGAGUGAAUCGUUUAAUAUAUUAAUAAAUAAAAAGUGUUAAUCGAGGAGAAAAUACAACCAGUUAUAUUCGAAGAAAAUAAUGAGUUCCAGCAGAGGACAAUUACCUGAUUCAUCUUCAUCUCCAAUGCAAUUUGGAGGAUACAGUGCUGGAGAAUUAUCUGAAGAUGAAGUAACAGAUUUGCCCAGUUGUGCUUUUGCCAGCAGAUCGACAGCUUCAAGUACUCAACUUCAACAUCAUUAUCUUACCACUCUUCAUCAUAGUAAUGAUAACAACCACUGCACCGGAAGUAACCCAAUGUCCAACACUGCCGACUACUACGGGUCUUCCCCUUACAGAAUACAGAGACAUGCAGCCAACAUCCGGGAAAGGAAACGGAUGCUGAGGUCUGCUAUUGGACCCACCGGCAGUAUCAACUCCGCUUUCGACGAACUCAGGAUGCAUGUACCAACUUUUCCAUAUGAAAAAAGAUUGAGCAAAAUAGACACCUUAAGGUUGGCCAUAGCUUACAUCGCUUUGCUUCGAGAAGUCUUGACUGCUGAUUGCGAUCCUCUCACAUAUGUGGAAAGAUGCUUAAGAGGAGAAAUAAAAGCCGAUAGAGCCAACUGGAACACAAGUGAUUUAACGGCCCGUUUGUCAUGGAUAAAUUGGGAAAAUUUAGGUGUAAGUCCAGGACGUAGGAGUGCUCUGACCUCUUUAGCCCUUAGUUCAGAUAAUAUGAACCAUUAAAUGUAUAUAUUCUCCUGUACAUAUAUUCCAAAUAUUCACCAUUAAGUGCAAUAUUUCUUGUUAAGUUGAAAAUAUAAUAUAAAUAUAAUAAUAAAUAAAAAAAAUCUA